AUGGCUGUUGUCGCAACUAUUAAGUGCGUCGUCGUCGGUGACGGUGCUGUUGGAAAGACCUGUCUUCUCAUCAGCUACACAACAAACAAGUUUCCAUCCGAAUAUGUCCCUACAGUCUUCGACAACUACGCAGUUACGGUUAUGAUAGGAGAUGAGCCGUACACUCUCGGGUUGUUCGAUACCGCUGGUCAAGAAGAUUAUGACAGACUGCGGCCUCUUUCAUAUCCUCAGACCGAUGUCUUCCUCGUCUGCUUUUCCGUCACCUCGCCUGCUUCCUUCGAAAACGUCCGCGAGAAGUGGUUCCCCGAGGUCCGCCACCACUGCCCCGGCGUGCCCUGUUUGAUUGUCGGUACCCAGGUGGAUUUGAGGGACGACCCUAGUGUUCGAGAGAAGCUGUCAAAGCAAAAGAUGCAACCAGUACGACGAGAGGAUGGUGAACGAAUGGCGAAGGACCUGGGUGCUGUCAAGUACGUUGAGUGCAGUGCUCUCACCCAGUAUAAGCUCAAGGAUGUAUUUGACGAGGCUAUCGUUGCAGCACUUGAGCCCCCUGCUCCUAAAAAGAAGUCACACAAGUGCCUCGUCCUAUAA